CCUGCGCCCCGCCCCACGGGCUAGCUCGGUGGCUCCGGCUCCUCCCGACUUCUCCCGGCUCCUCCCGGCUCCCGGCCCUCUCCCGGCUCCCUCCGGCUUCGGCUCCGGCGCGGCGGCGGCGGGCAUUUGCAGUGGUGCAAAAUGGCUGACCUCAGUCUUGCAGAUGCAUUAACAGAGCCACCUCCAGAAAUUGAGGAAGAGAUAAAACGGGACUUUAUUGCCACGCUGGAGGCAGAGGCCUUUGAUGAUGUCGUGGGAGAAACUGUUGGAAAAACAGACUAUAUUCCUCUCCUGGAUGUUGAUGAGAAAACCGGGAAUUUGGAGUCAAAGAAGAAACCAUGCUCAGAUACUAGCCAGGUUGAAGGAACUCCAUCCAAACCAACAGGUCUAGCCAAUGGUGAUCACGGAAUAGAAGGGAAUGAUACUACGGGUUCUCCAAGUCCAUUCCUUGAAGAGAAAAUGGCCUACCAGGGAUAUCAGAACAUCCAGAGCUGGCCAGAAAACACAAACUUUUGCUUUGAACCACAACAAUUGGUGAAUCCUACCCAAACUGAUCCCUUUAAGAUGCACCAUGAUGAUGGCCUGGAGGAUUUUCUCUUUCUCCCCAGUGGAACAACCAAUGCUUCAGCAUUUACAGAACAAAAUGAUCCCCUGCAAGACAGUUAUGGUCUGUUUCCCUGUGACACAUUCGCUCCUGAAAGUGUUGGACCUCAGGGGUGGCCUGUGGAAGCCCCAAACUCUCCACACUUGGAAUCCUUCAUUUCCCCAGAGGCUGUGACACAACCUCUGCAGCCCACAGCAGAGCCGGCCGAAGAGGUAGAAGUGACAUCAGCAGGAGAGAGGGCAUCAGCAGAAGCAUUGGAAAUCAGGAUGGGACUGAAGGCUGCUGACAUGGCACCAUCUAGAGAAACAGAGAUGUCUCCAGCCAAGGACAUGGCACAGGCCACAGAAACAGAGGUGGCAUUGGCUAAAGACACGGAACCAUCUACCAAGUCAGAUGUGACACUGGCUAGGGACAUGGAAUCACCUAUCGGAUCAGAUAUGGCCCUAGUCAAGGACAUGGUACUACACAGAGAAACAGAAGAAGCCCCGGUUAAGGAUGCUGUAUUGUCCACAGAAACCAAUGUAUCUUUAGCCAAGGACAUGGUACUGCCCACAGAAACAGAGGUAGCCCCAGCCACGGAUGUAUUACCAUUCAAAGAAACAGAGAGGGCCCCACCUAUAAAAAUGGAUGUGUCCCCAGAUGAGGGCAUGGUACCACCCAUAGACAGACAGAUGGCCCCAACCAAGGGUGUGGUAUCACUCUCAGAAAUAGAAGUGGCACUGGCUAAGGAUGUUCUGUCAUCCACAGAAAUAUUCCCAGCCAAGGAGGUGGCCUUGUCCCCAGAGACAGAGGUGGCCCUGACUGGGGACAUGGCGCUGCCUCUGGAAACCAAGGUGAUCUCGACCGAGGAUGUGGCACUGCCCCCAGAAACCAAGGUGGCCCCAGUCAAGGAUAUGGCUCCACAUCCAGUUACAGAAAAGGCUCUAGUGAAGGACAUGGCUCCAUCCCCAGAACCAGAGAUGGCCCUAGGCAAGGAUGUGGCUCCACCCCAAGAAACAGAAUUGGCCCUGGGCAAGGACAUGGUUUCACCUCCAAAAACAGAGAUGGCCCUGGGUGAGAAUGUGGCUGUGCCCCCAGAAACAGAAGUAACCCUGAUCAAGGAUGUGCCUCAGCCUCCAGAAACAGAGUUAACCCUGGCUAAGGAUGUGGCUCCGCUCCCUGGGACAGAGGUGACUCUGGCCAACAGUGUGAGUCCAGCCAAGGAUGUUGCAGCACUCUCAGAAACAGAGGUGGCACCAGUUCCAGUUAAGGACAUGGACAUUGCGCGGUCACAGGAAGAAAUAAGUGAGGAGUCCCAGUUAAAAUCUCUCAAGGAUGAGGGGCAGUCAGCUGCAUCUACUUUCAUCAGUUCUCCAGAUCCAGCCACAGCCGUGGGCCAAAAGUCCAACCUGCCGACGGAGGAUUCUGUGUUAGAGAAACAAGAGCAAAAGAAACCAUUCAGUAGUCAACCUUCCGAGCUUCCUUCAGAGACCUCAGGAAUAAGUAAGCCAGAAGAAGGACGGCCUGCUGGGAGUGUGACCGGAAAUGACAUCACCGCCCCUCCAAACAAGGAGCUCCCACCCAGCCCAGAGAAGAAAACAAAGCCUUUGGCCACCACUCAGCCUGCAAAGACUUCAACAUCGAAAGCCAAAACUCAGCCCACUCCUCUCCCUAAGCAGCCGGCUCCCGCCACCUUUGGUGGGGCGAAUAAAAAACCCAUGAGCCUCGCUGCAGGCUUAGUGCCGGCUGCCCCACCCAAACGCCCUGCCACCGCCACUGCCAGGCCAUCCACCUUACCUUCAAAAGACUCAAAACCCAAGCCUGUUGCAGAGGCAAAGAUUCUGGAGAAGCGGGCCUCGCCAUCCAAGCCAGCCUCUGCUCCAGGCCCCCGGCCUGGCUCCAAGAGCUCCCAGACUGUUCCAAAAGCCCCGGCCGCUGCCAGUCCUGCCUCAGCUGGGCCAGGCAGUCGGAGCCCCCCCACGCCUGUGCCCAAGAGGCCCACCGCCGUUAGGACGGAGGGGAAGCCUGCGGACAUGAAGAAGACGGCUACAAAGUCUGCACCAGCUGACCUGAGUCGCUCCAAGAGCACAUCCACCAGCUCGGUGAAGAAAAGCACCACUGUCCCUGGGACCGCCCCUGUGGCAGGGGUGGCUCCCAGCCGAGCCAAGCCCACACCCACCCCUCCCCGGCCCUCUGGGACCCCUUCCUCAGACAAGAAGCCCGCCUCAGCCAAGCCCAGCUCCUCUGCCCCGAGGCUGAGCCGCCUGUCCACCAACGCUUCUGCCCCUGAUCUGAAGAACGUCCGCUCCAAGGUUGGCUCCACGGAAAACAUCAAGCAUCAGCCCGGAGGAGGGCGGGCCAAAGUAGAGAAAAAAACAGAGGCAUCUGCUCCGGCUCGAAAGCCUGAACCUAACGCAGUCACUAAAACAGCCGGUCCCAUUGCGAGUGCGCAGAAACCACCUGCUGGGAAAGUCCAGAUAGUCUCCAAAAAAGUGAGCUACAGCCAUAUUCAGUCCAAGUGUGGUUCCAAGGACAAUAUUAAGCAUGUCCCUGGAGGUGGUAAUGUUCAGAUUCAGAAUAAGAAGGUGGACAUCUCUAAGGUCUCCUCCAAGUGUGGGUCCAAGGCCAACAUCAAGCACAAACCUGGUGGAGGAGAUGUCAAGAUCGAAAGUCAGAAGCUGAACUUCAAGGAGAAGGCCCAGGCGAAGGUGGGAUCCCUCGAUAAUGUGGGCCACCUGCCUGCAGGAGGGGCCGUGAAGACUGAGGGCGGUGGCAGCGAGGCCCCUCCGUGUCCGGGCCCCCCCGCUGGGGAGGAGCCGGCCAUCCCUGAGGCAGCGCCCGAAGCUGGCGCCCCCACUUCAGCCAGUGGCCUCAGUGGCCACACCACCCAGGCAGGGGGUGGUGACCAAAGGGAGGCCCAGACCUUGGACAGCCAGAUCCAGGAGACAAGCAUCUAAUGAUGACAUUCUGGUCUCGUCUUCCAUCCCCUGUGUUCCCCCUCUUGUGUCCCUUGUUACCCCCUCCCUUCCCUCCUCCCGUGUCACUGCAGAUUGAGACCUACAGGCUGACGUUCCGGGCAAAUGCCAGGGCCCGCACCGACCACGGGGCUGACAUUGUCUCCCGCCCCCCCCACUUCCCUGGCGGCCCCAGCUCAGGCACCCGGGCCCUUGGCUCUCUCUCCCGGGCUGCGAUCUAGACCCCACACGGCUUGGGUGCUGGGCAGUCCUCCAGGCUCCCACCCCCUUCCCCCUGCCUUGCUUGCCCAGGGCAGCAGCAGGCCCGCCCCCAAAACCUCAUCUACUCCCUGCCCUGGCCCCCACCCCACCCCCGCUCCUUGCUUUGUUCCUGUCCCAUCAUUGCGCACCGCUCUGCAGACGAGGUUGGGAGGUGAAUGGGGUGGAGAGGCCAACUUGGGAUCUUAUGGGAUCUGGGGUGGUGGGGAGCCAGAUUCCAACCUCCUCUUUGGGUUUUUUGGACCAAACCCAAGAGAAACUGACAUAGCUGCCCUCCUCGCUGGGUCCACUGAAGAGAAGAGUGGAAUUGGACGGCCACGCGGUGGCAGGAUGCUGACUGCCUCCCCCAGAGCCCGCUAGGCCACUGCCUCUCCCGUUGACCCCCUCCGUGGUGCCCACCGUGCAGGUGGGGCCAGGCGCAUCUUGCUGCCCUGCCCCAAGUUAGUUAGGGGUCGGCUCGUACUGUCCCCACUGCUUCCCGUACCUGCCUAGCUGCUGUCACACUCUUUUCUUGUUUUAUCUUUUUUUUUUUAAUAACCUAAAAACUGGUAGAGGAAUUUCGCAGGUUGAAGCCAUGUCUAAAUGAAAAGUCCUCGGUAGGUGUUAAAGGAAACAGGGAGGAGAGAUCCUUAAGCCUCCAGCCAGGAGGUCAGGCAUCAGGGGCUGCCCCGGCUUGGGCAGCUUGGGGCCCCGGAGAAGGUGUGGGCAGGGCAGUGAGAUGCAGGGGCUGUGGCCUGGUGAGCAGGUAGGGCACACUAGGAGCUGGUCAUGUGGACCGGUGGUUCUGGUAUUGUGUGUGUAUGCUGCUUUUCUUUUCUAACCAAGAGGCUGGUUUUGGCAUCUCUGUCUCAUUCCCUGGGAUCUAGUGGGAGAUACAAGUUCGGGGCUGGAGAAACAGGGAAGGGCUGUGGAGGUCAAAAUCCUCCAGACUCACGGGCCUAGGACACCAGAGCCCUCAGUUACCAGGGAGCCCAAGAUGUCCAGAACUCAUGUGGGUGUUGGGGAAUCAGGUGUGGAAAUUUUAAAAAGGCAUGAGACAGGCCAUCUCCACCCCCGCCACAGCCUGACUGGGGAGGGGGGAGAGGCGAGGCCAGCCUGUGGAGGGGUGUCCCAGCUAGGCCCGGUCUUGGGAUGGCUGCAAUGAUGAGAAAUCCCGGGAAUUGUAUUGACACGAAGAUUCUUAUUGCACUUGUAUUUUUUUUUUUUUUAUUAAAGUUUGCAUGGUUUCUAAUAAAGGAUUAAAAUGUAACAGUUUGUAGUGAAAUGGCCGGGGAGUCUCCGAGGGCGCCUCCUCCGGAAGAGCAUUUCCUGCAGUGCAGACUUGCCCCCGAGGAGGCCCGCGGACUCGGCCCCUCGCCGCCCCCCUUCCUGGAGCCCAGAACGUAGGGGUUCUUAGGUUCAGAUCGGACGUCCGUGUAGAGGGAGGGCAUCGGGGCCGGCAGGUUCUCCCACCUCUGCGGUAGCGUUUCCCUCGGGGAGGUGGGACCCCACCUCUGCAGCUCCCCGAGCGCAGGCUGCAGGGGUCUUCCCCACACCAAGGACUGCAGAAUGCUGUGUGCCAGGGACACCGGGGCACCCGUGUUUUGUCAGCAGGAGGAAGGGGCCGAAGGAAGCUGGGGAGGAAGCGGUAGACGGUGCAGGGCCUGAAGGUCCCGGUGCCCUCCUUGUGUUAGUCCCGGGGCCACACACGUGCUGAGGUGGACAACUGGUCCGAGGGUAGGGGUGGGAGAGGUGACCCUUGUGGAGAACGGUCUAGGUGGGCUGGAGUGGUCCCAGCUCCCUUGAAGUGUCCCCCAAACCCGAGAAGCAGAGAAGGCGCCCUCACAGCGAGGGGACCCCCUGCAGCCGUGUGGGGGUGCAUCUCUGUACCUCCAGUUUGCUUCUGGCUCAGCCACUGCCUGUGUCAAUCUGUGGUUCUGUUGUACCGAUUUCAAGAGUAAAUAAAGCUCGUGAUGUCCCAUCA